GGCUCAUCUAGGUGGUUGGUAUUUUGCGAGUCUUCAAGUCUUCAGCUUUGUUUUAGUCAAGAUGAGUGAUAAGCCAGACUUGUCAGAAGUGGAGAAGUUUGACAGGUCAAAAUUGAAGAAAACUAAUACUGAAGAAAAAAAUACUCUUCCCUCUAAGGAAACUAUCCAGCAGGAGAAAGAGGGCGCUAAAACAUCGUAAAAUGGAAAUCUCUUCCCAAGAGCAAAUUUCAGUAUUGCCUGAGAGUCUUGGUUUUAGGCUUGUUUUUUGUAGUAAACCUAUGUGUUUGUAGAGAUGUUAGGCAUCUUGUGAUGUUUUCUUACCUGUCUUCCCUGGCUAAGAGGUCAAAGAUUGCCAAUUUCCUUUAAGUUUGCUUUUAAACUGCCUAUCAAUGUGUAAAUUUUAGGUAGCCAGUGCUUUCAGUAAUCUCACCAUUGAUGACUUUCAUGUGUAUAGUCCUUGUACCUCAUAUAGGAUAAGCCAAUUUUAACCUUCUGUAUUGCUUCAUAAUAUUCAUGAA